CUAUAGAGCAUAUCCAGAGCAUAUCCAGCGCAUAUCUCGUUUGUGACAGAGGCAGCAGCGUAGGAGUCGUCGCCAAUCUCAAAACGCUUCCAACACUCGCACCCGACAGCGACCAGGAAGUGUAUCCUCAUCAUCAUCAUCCACCGGCUGGCUGUCUGUUGCGCAUCAGUCCUCACCCUCAUUCAAGGCACUCAACAUCCACGCAUCUUUGGCCGCAGCACUUCGCCACAGUCUCCAUGGCGGCGCGGCAGGACGUCUUCCAAAACAUCUUUGGCAAUGAGCGAGUCGCCGACCGUCAAGGGGCCCAGCCGCAACGGCAGUAUCCAAUCGCCCAUCCACCGAGCCGGCCUUAUACCUCUGGUGCAAGUCGCGAGGAUCCCUAUCGAACGCGAUCCUUGCAAAGUGCAGGCCAAGCACAUCCAAGUAUGCCGCAUCCACAACAACAGCAACAGACCCACCCGGCGUCCUCGUCUGGUGCGCCUCAAGCUGUCCAGCAGAAUGGAUUCCGUGGUAUGCCGCCAGGCCAUCUGCAUGCAGCGCAACAAGGCAUGCCACUCGAUAGACCGCUCCAUCUGCCAGGAGGACGCAUGGUCCCGCAGUCGGCACCCGUUCAACCGUCACCGUAUCCAGGUUCCCAUCGGUCUGGACAGCCUGUAUUGCAGCAGCAGCAGCAGCAGCAACAGCAAGGAUACCCGCCGCAUGCGCAACCGCAACGGAUGCCCUCAGAAUCGUACUUUCAACCUGGCCUACAAACACAACAAGCGUACGCGCCGCAACAUCCCUCACAACAGGCCCAAGUGUAUGACUAUGAUCGUGCUCAAUCCCUCCAAUAUCGUGAUGAACGGCCAAUGAUGCCUAGACCGGGAGCGAGUGGUCGCACGGCGAGCAUGGGUUAUCUUGUCCAACAUCCGCAAGACGUCCAACCGCCACAAGCCCACGCUGCCGGGUAUGCGCAACCACAAUCUGCGUAUCCCGAGGAGUAUGGAUCAAACACAGGAUCAAGGCGUCCAACAGAUCACCGACAGGAGAAUCACAUGCCGCCUGUGGAGCAGCUACGGUUGCAACCUCGUGCUGAUUCGCGGCACCCGCCGUCUGGUACCAUCCUCGAAGAACCCGGUGCCCGUGCAAGUCAACCAAAUCGAUCCUUCUCCUCCUCCACCCAAGCAACACAAGUCGGCAAACUUUCCGAUUCACGCAGUUACAGCAUGACAUCUACCUCCACCAAAGUCACUGGCGAUAGAACAUUUAGUUUCUCAGCCUCAACGACCACAUUGCAGGAGAAGCGGCCGUCGUAUGCUUCCAACAAGUCUGCGCAUGCAGGAGCAAGCAGUCAGGCCGUAUAUACCACGUCGAAACGCGCGCCGAUGGUGUAUCCCGCUCUGCUCUCGCGCGUCGCUGAUGCAUUCCGGCAAAAGAUUUUGCUCUCUGAAAAGCACAAGGAUGGGCUUUCCUACAAAGACGCCUUUCUGGGGUGCGAUGCAGUGGAUGUGAUUGCCUACAUUAUCAAGACGACAGACCGCAAUCUAGCCUUGUUGCUGGGUCGUGCAUUGGAUGCUCAAAAGUUUAUCCACGACGUGACGUAUGACCAUCGUUUGCGCGAUUCUGCCCAUGAAGUCUAUCAGUUCAGGGAUAACUUGACCGCUGGCUUCUCAGAUGACCAAACGCCCGUCGCUGGUCAGCAACAUGCACAAGGACAUCCACUUCAUGCGAGUGCGUCACAUGAUCGGAAACGGCCCUCACGCGCACCGACGGUCGAUAGCGUCGACUCUGCCAUGCUCGAACAAGGCAUCGCCUUGCGUGACCCAGGCGCUGCACUCCUUGCUGAAGACGAUUUACCCAAUGGUGUCUUUACGCUGCUAACGGAAUGUUACUCUCCGACGUGUACGCGGGAUCGAUUGUGCUACAGUAUUGCGUGUCCUCGACGACUUGAACAACAGGCCAGAUUGAAUAUGCGACCGACACCUGGUUUGAAGCGUGCUGAAUCGCGUGGUAGUUUGAGCGAGUUGGCGGAUGGUCAACAAGACAACAAACUCUGGCAGCAUAUGGUGAGUCCUGCCAUUUUCAAUACGGUAGAUGAAGAGGAACGGAAACGACAGGAAGUCAUUUGUGAGGCCAUCUACACGGAACGUGAUUUCGUUAAGGAUCUCGAGUACCUGCGUGACUUUUGGAUCAAACCACUCAAGACGGGUACGGUCAUUCCUGAAGCGCGGCGAGAUCGCUUUGUGCGAUCAGUGUUUUCGAAUGUGCUCGAGGUGCAUAAUGUCAAUUCACGACUUGCUGAAGCCUUGACGCACCGUCAACAUGCACAGCCAGUCAUCCAGGAAAUCGGCGACAUCUUUUUGGAAUUCAUUCCGCACUUUGAUCCAUUCAUCAAGUAUGGCAGUCAGCAAUUGCAGGCCAAGUUUGAGUUUGAACGGGAGAAGAGUACGAACCCUGCGUUUGCCAAGUUUGUGGAGGAGACGGAAAGGAUGAAGGAGUCUCGCAAGCUGGAACUCAAUGGUUACUUGACGAAACCGACUACACGUCUGGGUCGUUAUCCAAUCAUUCUUGAGACUAUUGCAAAGCACACAAAGGACAGCAAUCCCGACAAGGUCAACAUUCCAAAAGCUGUCAUCUCCAUCAAGAGUUUCCUGGAAAAGGUCAAUAUUGAAGCGGGCCGUGCAAGCAAUCGCUUUGAAUUGAUGCAGCUGCAGCAACAAUUAGUCAACAAGCCUGGCGAACCGGAUCCCAAUCUCAAGCUCACGGAUGAGAAUCGUCAAUUGAUUCACAAGGGUGCCCUUAAGAAGAAGAACGUCGGCAAUGCAAAUGCCGGCACAGACGCGUCGUCGGAUGUACAAGUCUUUUUGUUUGAUCACGCCCUCCUCAUGGUCAAAGCAAAGACAAUGAAUAAGCGCGAAACGCUCAAAGUUCAUCGCAAGCCUAUUCCACUUGAAUUACUCGUUAUACAAAGAACAGCAGAAGAUUUGCUUGAAGCACAACAAUCAAAAGCUGCGCUCGCCAAACGACCUUCUUCCUCGCUUCUGCCUGGUGGCAACAAGUCUAGCAUUGGCAUCUCUUCCAAGUCAAACUUUGACAAUACCAAGGGCUUUGCCAUCACCUUCCAACAUCUCGGCAGACGUGGCUACGCCAUCACACUGUACGCAACCACCUACAUUAAUCGGAAAAAGUGGCUCGAGAUCAUUGAUGCGCAAUGUCGAGCGCUUCGAGAGCGUCAGUCUGUCUUUUCACUUGUGGUUGUUUGUGAGCGGUACUUUACCGGUACCAAUAAAGUUCAAUGCGUCGUGCCGUAUGAUGGUGGGCGUAAGCUGAUUUACGGUACAGACAAUGGUAUCUACGUUUCUGAGCGCAAGCCAAAUAGCUUGUCUCGUGCAACGCCUGUACGCGUCUUGGCGAUUCAAGGUGCAACGCAGAUUGAUGUCAUUGAAGAGUAUGGUAUUCUGCUAGUCCUUCAAGACAAGACACUCGUCUCCUUCAAUAUGGAGGCGUUGGAUGUCAAUGACAACAAUAUCACAAACAAGCGGCCAAAGAAGGUCUCAAGUCAUGCUACAUUCUUCAAGGCGGGCGUAUGCUUGGGUAGAGUCCUUGUAUGCGUCGUCAAGUCUUCAGUUCUGUCCUCUACGAUUAAGGUGUUUGAGCCUGUGGAUCACAAGGGAAUUGGCAAAAAGCAGCCAGCAUUCCGCAAAUUGCUUGCUGGAGGCAAUGACCUCAAGGUUUUCAAGGAGUUUUACAUUCCAACCGAGUCGACAUCCAUCCACUUUCUCAAGUCGAAACUCUGCGUCGGCUGUGCAAAAGGAUUUGAGGUCGUUUCGCUCGAGAAUCUGGAGACACAGUCAUUGCUUGAUCCAGCAGAUUCUUCACUUGAUCUCUUUCAACGACGCGAGAAUGUGCGCCCCAUUGCCAUCUACCGUCUCAAUGGUGAAUUCCUACUCUGCUACGACGAAUUCGCCUUUUACGUCAAUAGAAAUGGCUGGCGUGCACGACCAGAGUGGGUCAUCCACUGGGAAGGUAUUUGCGAAGCAACCGCAUUGCAUUACCCGUAUAUUCUCGCAUUUGAGCCUUCCUUUGUGGAGAUUUAUCAUGUCGAGACGGGCAGUUUGGUGCAGAUUGUACCUGGCAACCACCUUCGACUCGUCCAUGAAGGACGCGGCAAGAUGGGUGAAGGUGGUGAGAUUUUGAUUGUGAGUGAUGGCACAGAGAUGGGACAAGACAGCGUUGUCAGUGCAUUGAGCUUAUCGGCCAACUUGGUGUCGCCGACACGGGACAAGAUGCUCGAGUGAGACGAAGUGUAGAGGUAUUGAGGCAUGAUUUCUGUGUUGGUACUGCUAGACAGUCGUGAUAGAUGCAGUCUCGGGACGUUAGAUUAGGCUUUGUGCAUACAUUUCUGGAAGACUUGCUUGUG